CACGGCCACUACAACUAGACAUUUUUUUGUAAGUGGCUGGAUUCAAAAUGGCGAUCUCCAUGUUAGACAUGAUUUUAUCCCAUCUGCUAGCGACAGUCUAUUAUGUUUUCUCCACCUCCCCGGAAAUGCAAGCGGCAGAAAUGGCUGUGUGCACGCCCCCUAGUGACCUCCAGUACGGACAAGUGGUGGUGUGGGGCCCCAAUCUCCUUAUCGAGUAUAUCUGUGAAGAAGGAUUCUUCGCAAACGGAGAGACAUUCGGCGCGUGCAUUACAGAGGAGGGAAGAUGGACCAUCGAGAAACCUAAAUGCGUAGCCACCGGGUGCGAUCCCCCAAGAGUGCCCCAUAACAUGCACGUGCGUCUGGAGAUGGAGGGGGCGGUGGCACACUUCUCGUGUGGGCGUGGUCACUAUCUGAUUGGACAAUCACAGGCUUAUUGUAACGGUCAAAACUGGACAAAACCAUUCCCGUCAUGUGUAGGGUCCUCUGUGCGGACACGAGCCGAUCCUCAAAACCGGAACCUCCCUGGCAGACAUGUACGAGAUCCACUGGCCUUCAAUGUCUCCGCCAUUGACUUUGCAGCAAACCUACGUGUUAGUGACAACACGUGUUUCCGGUACCGCUACAAAGCUCCACCGGAAAUAGAACAUGGGACAGCGUCACCCCGAUACCUUUAUAACCAACAGAGGCGGAGUUACGUCCUCGUCACCAACUACACGUGUGAUCCUGGUUACGUCAUCGAAAACAACCUCACGCGCUACUAUUUUUGUAAGAACUACCAGUGGGUAGCUCCUGUAGCUCCAAAAUGUAUAAAACCGCUCGAGUCGACAGCGUGCCAGGGAAAUCGUCGUCUGUGUCACCAGAUCUGCGUGCCCGGGAUAAGGAACAGGUUCGCGUGCGACUGUUUCCGGGGAUUCCUUCUCCAUAGUAACGGAAGGGACUGCUUCGACCAUAACGAAUGUCUGUUUGACAAUGGUGGAUGUGAACAGGAAUGUCACAAUACCUACGGAUCUCGGAUUUGUUCUUGUCGUGACGGUUACCGGAGAGCUGGCACACGCUGUAUAGAUGUGAAUGAGUGUGACGACGACAGUGUGAACGAGUGUCCCGGGGAGUGUGACAAUACGGAGGGUUCAUACAGAUGUAACUGUACCAUACCAGGAUACAUGGACAGCUGGGACGGAAGAUCAUGUUACGAUGAUAAUGAGUGUACGCUGGAUUACGGAGGCUGUGAGGAUAUUUGUAUCAAUGUGAUUGGUUCUUAUUACUGCAAGUGUACCACAAAAGAGGGCUACCAGCUGUCUAGUGACAUGCACAACUGUACAGAUUUAGACGAGUGUGAAGUGUACGGGAAGAAGAUCUGCGAUAACGGCCGAUGUGUGAACACAGUCGGGUCCUACGUGUGUGAGUGUGACGAUGGCUUCCUUCCGGUCAAGGACCGCACCAAAUGUGAAGACAUAGACGAAUGUAAAACCCAAAACGGAGAAUGCGAGGACUUGUGCGUGAACAGCAUUGGCUCAUUUAACUGCGAUUGUCAGGAAACUGGAUUUCAAAUCGACUCUGGUGGCAAGAACUGUACAGACAUUGAUGAGUGUAUUGACAACGCCCCAAAGUGUGAGAACGACUGUGUGAAUACUGUAGGAUCGUUCUACUGCUGGUGUCACUGGCACGGAUACGUGGUCCACGAAAACCAGCGUAACUGUACACACUGCCGAGAUGACCAGUAUAUUAUUGAGCACGAUAAACUCUGUGUGGACUGUCCGAACAACUCCUACAUCGUCCGGACCUUACCAGGGGCAGCUAACUCCCUGGAGGACUGUCAGUGUUUACCAGGCUACGUCGGCAGUCCGGCCGAGAAAAUUCCCUGCCAAGAUGUGGACGAAUGUUUGGUAGCUGACUGUGAGUACGAGUGCCAGAAUGAUGAAGGCAGCUUCUCGUGUCAAUGUCCUGAAGGAUUUGUUCUAAUGGAGGACGGUCGAACCUGUACAGAUAUUGACGAAUGUGAAACUGACGACGGCGGCUGUAAUGUCACAUGUGUCAACACGCUUGGUUCAUUUCACUGCGCAUGUCCAUACCCAGGAUUCCUGCUUAGCAACGACAGCAUCUCCUGCGAUGACGUGAAUGAGUGUCUAAUGGAUGAUAACUAUAACUGUAGCCAGCUGUGUUAUAACACGGAGGGAGGAGCUGAAUGUAGUUGUCAUCCCGGUUACGUCCUCUCAACUGACAACCAUACUUGUGAGGAUAUUGAUGAAUGUGCAAACUCGUCCCUUUCUAUGUGUGAAGACAUAUGCAUCAACACCAAUGGCUCCUUCUACUGUGACUGUGAGGGGACGGCACUGAAGCUGUCCUGGGACCGCAGAUCAUGCUCAGAUAUUAACGAGUGUAUGGAAGGAGUGAAUCACUGUGAAGAUUUGUGUGUAAACACAUAUGGCUCCUACUAUUGUGACUGUAACACGACAGGGUUUGUCCUGGCAACAGAUCAGCGCACAUGUGAAGAUCUGGAUGAAUGUCUCUCCAACACUACAAAUCAGUGCGACCAAGUGUGUGUGAACCGGCUACAGGGCUAUGACUGUAGCUGUUACCAGGGUUACGUCAAGGAAGACCUGUAUGGAUGUCGGGGGUGUGAUAUAGGCCAGUAUCAUGACAAUGACACGGACAGCUGUGUGGAGUGUCCGCCGAUGUCAACCACCAACGGCACCGGCAAAGUCAACCGUACUGACUGUAUAUGUAUACCAGGCUAUACUGAAGAUACAACCGGAAGAAGCUAUUGUAGAGAUAUUGACGAAUGUGACGAGGGUGAAGAUGAGAACUUUGGAUGCGGCCAGAUCUGUGUAAAUACUAAAGGAUCAGCCUACUGCGCAUGUCAGAAAGGCUUCAAUCUCCACAAAAAUAGAAAGAAUUGUACAGAUAUAGACGAAUGCCUGUACAGUAACCACUACUGUGCUGAGAUAUGCAUCAACCUGGAGGGCUCUUAUAAAUGUGCUUGUAGGGAAGGAUUCAAACUUCACUGGGACAACAAAUACUGUACAGAUAUCAACGAGUGUUACACGGGAGCGCACGAGUGUGAAGAUCAGUGUGAGAACACGUGGGGAUCCUACAUAUGUGGCUGUACAAAACCAGGGACACGACUGACAGCGGACAGACACACGUGUAUCGCGCUUGUACCUACAUGUCCCGAUGAAAUCCACGUCGAGGUCCCAGAUGGCGUCCCACUGGUACAGGUGGUGCUCCCGUCCAUAGUGUAUAAUGGCCAGUGGCGCAUUGAGCCUGACUGGGUGGCGGAAACCCAGGGUGUCCUCUUCCCGGUGGGCAACAGUAGCAUCCAGGUCAUCAGCUACAACACAGAGGCGGGCCAGGUCAGCUGUACCUUCCAUGUUGUGGUAACAGUAUCGUGUGCCAGAGGGACUUUCCGGUCCUCGGAUGACGUGUACGCCGGGUGUACGCAGUGUCCGCCAGGAACCUACCAGGACGAUCAGAACAAGAGAAGCUGUAAGCCUUGUAUACCUGGUACAUACCAAGACGAAUAUGGUCAACUUCAGUGUAAAUACUGCAAAAUCGGGAUGUACCAGGACCGCCUUAACCAGUCCGAGUGUAUCCCGUGCCCGCCGGGAACUUACCUGGACGAGAGCGGAAGUGCUGGAUGCAAACCGUGCCGGGUCGGGCAGUACAAUUCCCUGGGCUCACAGUCGUCGUGUAACUACUGUACCGCGGGGACGUACCAGGACCAGGCGGGACAAACGGAAUGUCAGGAAUGCGAAACAGGACACUACCAACUACAAAUGGGACAACCCACCUGUAAACUCUGUCCAGAGGAUUUGACCCCAUAUAUGGCUGACGUCGCCAUGGUACAACAGUGUCAAAGGUCAACUGAUACCUUGGUUACAGAUCUGGAGCCUAGACGGUGAAAACACUAUUGAUUGUAACGAUGUUUCCAGUAAUGUAAGAUGUAGUAAUACUAUGCUGAAAAACAAGUAACACAUAUUAUAUACCUAUGUGUUUGGCUAAUGAAGUCAUACAACAAUGAAAUUGGACACAAAACCAUCAUCACGUGCAGUAGUUAAGAACAGUCCUAGUUUGGGCAAGACUGAUAAACUAUUACAUACAUCAUAGAUGGACUCUUACCCAACAAGGAUGAAUAAUACAUAUAACGAGGCUGAACUAGUAUACCCAACAAGGACGACCCUUCCCGGCGACCGUCUGGAGACAUGGAGUCACAACGCGUAUCUGUACUAAGACUGUAUAUUUUAAGUAAAUUUUUACGUGACAUUAACAUUUUGUCCGGUCUGUAUUUAAUAUCAGACUGGUGUGUUGUUUAUAAAUUGAUCCAUAUUUUUACAUUUCCAAUAUUUCAUAACUGUAGAAAUAUGAUUUCCGUAUUUCUCUGAUACGUUUUCCGUUACUGUAAGUUGUUGUUACUUGUUCUAUGGCAGUCCGUGACCUCGAUGAUGAGUAUAUACUUCUCUCACUCAUUUUCCUUCCAUUUCUCAUUCGUGUCUUGUUCAGUCGUUAUGUGUCCGAUGUACUUCAUGUCUUGGAUUUCCCAUGUGGGAGAUCACGUGUGUUACACAUUAAAUACAUUUUUCAAGACAAAUGAAA